UUAAUUUAUUUAUUUCAGUUGAUCGGUUUUAUUGCAAUAUUUGCAAGUUCAUUCAUAUGGAAUCAGUCGAAUGUUUAUUUCCAGUUGGGUUAUCGUGGCUUCGGGUGGCAAACAUUAAUACUGGCUGUAUUAAUAGUUACAUGGUUUUUGUCCCUCAUUAUAUUGUUUUCACAGUUUGCUGACCGUGAUAUAUUAGUUAACCUUGGAAAAUAUAAGGUGCUUUGUCUAUAUGCUUGUUGCUGUGUCGCGCUAUUUAUUGCUGCUUGCCUGGAAUCGUGGUAUUGUAAAUUAGCUUAUGGUGAUCCUAUUCUUCAUCCUCGUUUCGUCGUAGUGACGGUAUCUUGCUGUUUGUAA